UUAGAAAACAGAAAUUUGAAAUAGAAGUAACUCAAAAACGAAAACAAAAAACAAAAUGAGCAUUUCCUUCCAACUCCAUAUCUCUGAUUGGAUGCAACAAAACUAAUAAAAAAUUGGGUCACCGAACGCAUAUCCAAUCAGCAAAAACUUCUACUAAUCACGAAUAUUUUUUGGUGGUAGAGCCGCUUAUUUCCAAUCGGCACCAAAGCGACCGCCUGCUCUGGAUAUUAUUGUGCGUGUUGACCUCUUUAUUCUUCAAGGGGCCUCCGCUCUUCGUCUCCAAGUACAAAAUCUAUAUAAAUAGUACACCACAAAAGUCGGAUCCAUAUUCACAGAAAGGAAAUCAAAACCCAGAAACAAAGAUGGACGACAAAGAAGAUACCAACAGAGUCGGCGAAAUCGAGGAAUCGGACCCGAAAUCCGACGGGUCAUCCCGGAACCCGAAUCCGAAUCCUAAAACCGCGAGGACGAAGGUUCCGGAAGUGGAGGUCUACUUGUAUCGGCGAGGCAAAGGCCCGAUCGACACGUUCAGGACGAGCCUCGGGGGUUGGGACCAGAACCAGUUGGAGGUCCGAGACAUUCUCGACAAGUACGGCUUCAAAUCGCUUUACGCUUUCAAUACCGGGUCGGGUCGCGGCGUUCCGAUCCGGUUUAACCCCAGGAACGGCAGGUCUAUGCUGGCUUAUAAAGAUGGAUCUACGGUUCACAUUGACGGAGAGCCCAAGGAUUCCUUGAUCCAACCAGUGACAAAAAUCUUGCUUGGAGUAGCUGUUAUAACCGUCUUGAUAACCUUGGUUUUGAGAGAUCCUCCACAGUGGGUCCAAAAAUUGAACAUUUCUGGCUUGAAUUUUCCUCCUUGGAUCAUUGCUCUGGUGGUAAUAGUUUUUACUCGGAUGAGGAAGAGAACCGGAGAUUUGCUGAAAAAGUAUGGUUGGUGAAAGGCGCCAUUGAUGCUUUCCCUUGUAAGGCCUUUUUGUUUCUCAAAUUUUGUUAAAAAGAAUUUGAUUCAGUAUCAACUGAAUUUUGAUGAUGAAGCAAGUGAUGCUCAUCUGGACGUAGUCAUAACUGUAAUUGGCGACAAGCUGCACUGAAAGAUAAAUGUGGUUAUGAAAUACCAAACCUCGGAAACAACAUUCAUAAGAUCAUCUUGUUGCAACAUUAAGAUUCAAAACAAUAGAUAGAUAAAUGGGUGAUUAUCAACCGAUGCAUUAUAUAAAAUGCAUCCAGACGGUAAAUUAACUGGUUUAUAAAUAGUUACAUUAUUUUUCAAA